ACUCUGUCUCCAAAGCCAAGGCAAACCUGGAAAAAAUGUGUCGCACACUGGAAGAUCAGCUAAGUGAGAUCAAGACAAAAGAAGAGGAACAUCAGCGCAUGAUCAAUGACCUCAAUACUCAAAGAGCUCGUCUGCAGACAGAAGCAGGUGAAUAUUCGCGCCAGGUGGAAGAAAAAGAUGCUUUGAUAUCUCAGCUGUCCAGAGGCAAGCAGGCAUUUACUCAACAGAUUGAGGAACUAAAGAGACAUUUAGAGGAAGAAAUAAAGGCCAAGAGCGCCCUAGCCCACGCCUUGCAGUCUGCUCGCCACGACUGUGACUUGCUCCGGGAGCAAUACGAGGAGGAGCAGGAAGCCAAGGGGGAGCUGCAGCGUGCCCUGUCCAAGGCCAACAGCGAAGUGGCCCAGUGGAGAACCAAAUAUGAGACGGACGCUAUUCAGCGCACGGAGGAGCUGGAGGAGGCCAA